AUGGGUUUCGAGCUGGAAGUGACGCCUCUGAACGUCAUCUCGACAUCCUUUGGGGCUUUUGUGCUGCUGUAUGGAAUCGUCUCGCACAGGAUCAAAGAGAGAUUCUACCUCGGAGAAGCGCCGUUCGCUCUGUUCUUCGGCAUCUUGUUGGCUCAAUAUGGCGUGCCAGAAUACCUGAGGGGCUCGCCUGGUCAGAGCGCGGAUCCACUGGAUGGUUUUGGACUUGGAUUCAGUAGAUUCAUCAUCGGUGAGUGAUCGCAUGGCGUGGUCAGGCAACUCCUGGCUCGCUCAUCUUCCCCGAACUCUCUGUGGCGCCCUGUGCAGGCACGCAGCUGGUGCUGGUCGGCAUUGAAUUGCCGUACAAAUACAUCGUCAUUGAGAUGGGAAGUCUAGCGAUGCUGCUGUUACGUAAGUGAACAGCGCUAGAGACGACCCCCAAAAAUCGAGACGCACAGCUGUGGACGACGACGCUGAAGCGCAGGCGCCUCCUCGAUCGCUUUAGCUGUCAUGACGACCAUGUGGAUGGUCACCUCGGUCUCGAUCUGGGCGGUCAUUCCCGGCGUGUCUCCACUGGUGGCGCUUGCAGUAGCCUCGUGCGCUACUCCUACAGACGUGAGUGGCCCAGCCCGAAGAGGUGCUGUGUCUCUGAGAUGGGCCUGCUCAUGCCCCUCUCCUUUCAUAGCCUGUCCUGAGUAACGCGAUCGUGAAGGGCUCGUUUGCCGAAGCGUACGUCUCCCCUAGGAUCCGCAACUUGAUCAGUGCAGAGAGUGGCGCCAACGUGAGUGACGAAACAUUCUCUAGCAAUUUCGUAUGGCCUGCUGAGCUGGCUCUGCGCGCCGUUCUUGCUCGGCGCUCGCUAGGACGGGUUCGGCCUCCCAUUUACGUAAGUCCGAGCUUUAAUUAACUUAGCAUGGCUGUAUGGCUUCUUCUCACAAUCAAUAUAUUCCGCGCUCCAGCUUUCUCGCCCUCAAUUUGAUCCAAAAAGCAUCGACAGCUGAGGCGCUCAAAUCCUGGGCGCUAGAAGUGGUGCUAUGGUCGGUCGUCGGAAGUGUAGUCUGGGGAGCCGUAGUCGGUUUUACGGCCAACUAUCUUCUAAAGGUUGCCACGAGGUACUCUCUCAUCGACAAGGAGAGCUUCUUGCUCUUUGGAGUCGCUAUGGGCACGUUCGUUGUCGGAAGUGGUGGACUCUUGGGCGUCGAUGAUCUGCUCGCUUGUUUCAUCGCUGUGAGCAUUUGCAGCUAGCAUGGUCAGAACUCAACGUAUGCUGACCCUUCGAUUCUUUGCUCAGGGUAACGCGUUGACUUGGGACGACUGUGAGAUCGAUACAGCACGCAGUGGUCGCCGACGUCGUCCCUCCUGCUAAUUGGCCUCUACUUUCGCACGUUCAUAGGGUACCGUAGAGAGACGGAAGACGAUGAUCUGCAAAACAUCGUCGAUCUUCUCUGCAACGCUGUCUUCUUCACUUUCAUUGGCGUCACAAUCGACUGGAGCAGCUUCGACGAUCCGGACCUCGGCAUAACACCAGCACGACUUAUCUUGUUGAACGUACUCGUGCUCUUACUCCGCCGUCUGCCUGCCAUGCUGCUCCAUCAGCCGUUCAUCCCGCAAAUCAUCGAUCAAGGAGAGGCGGCGUUCAUGGGGUGGUUUGGACCAAUUGUGCGUUUCGGCGGGUGUAGCGCCGCGAGCUUGGCUCUACAGGUCGCUGACAGCCAUUCGGCAAACACUCUCACAGGGUGCCGGUGCGGUGUUCUAUGCCUUCCUGGUUCUAGAUGCCAUUGAAGAGGGCGAUUUAGUCCCCGACGCAGUUCGCAUUCGCAGGUGAGUCAUCUAGGCUUUUUGUGUGCUCUUGCUCAGUUGUCUGAUUGCCACAUUGUUGUCGCCUCGCCUGAUAGCAUCAUCAAGCCCAUUAUGUGAGCACUACACUGAGCAGCUCCACCUCAGGUGCGGUGUCUGACUUCCUACAACGUUCGCGCUCGGACAGAUAUUCUCUCGUCUUAGGCAGUGUGCUUGGCCACACCCUGUUGAUUCCUGUGGUGAGCUUCAUGCCAGCAUUUGUGCGAAGAACGUGAUUGUUGACGUCUGCAUGCCUACGAACUAUUUGCAGAUCAAGCUGGUCUUCACCAAAUUCGGGGUCAAGAGCAUCAAGAGCACCGCUGUGGCAGACGAUGCCUCAAUCGUCGGCUCACAAACCUCGAGUCGACUGCAAGAAGAGCGGUACGAAGCUGGAGAGGGCCAUGCCCCUCACGACGAGGCAGCAGAGAGGAGGGAUAGGCGGAUGAGUGAGAGUCAGAGAAGGCACUCGAUUAUGUCUGCCAUCAGCGGCCAGCCAGCAGAUAUGAUCGGUGGCUACGACGCGGACGGAAACUGGGUCGAGGGAGAACGAGCCAGCUGGAGAAUCUCGUCUGGUCACAAGUAAGUCCAUUCUUGCGGUCCCCGCCUAUCAUCCAGUCACUCAGGAUUGCACCUCUUACGCUCCUUUGCCAUUUUCAGACUUGGACCGCACACGCGAAUGCGCAAUCCUCAGGGCGGAGAGGUGCGCAUCGGAGAUUUUAAACCAAGUGCAUGGCACCGGGGCGAGGAAGAGAGGCAGCGCGUUGAAGGCCUCCAAGAUGAAGCUACGUACGGAGCUCUGGAGGAGGGAAGAUAG